AUGGAAGACAUUCUACUUUUGCGUAUCUACCAAGACAUAGUUGGCAUUAUUGGAAUCCUUGGCAAUGGUUUAGUUUGCUUCGUCAUCUUCAAAGUACGAUCAAUGCAGAAUCGUACAAACGCCUUCAUCUUUCAUCAAGCCGUCAUUGAUUUCUUGGGCUCUACGGUGAUUCUUCUGAAAAGUGAAGCUCCACUUCCAGAGCCCAUCCCAAGCAAUGCUCUGGGGCGAUUCAUCUGUCAUGUCUGGGUUAUUUUCAUCUUCUUCUUCUUCUCCGUGAUGUCGACUUUCAACCUGUUGGUGUUAACCAUGGAGCGGUAUUACGCCAUCGUUUACCCCUUCAAGUACCAGGCAUUAUUCGCCACUAGGCCCAAGCUCAAAGUCGGUGUGGCCAUGGCCAUGUGUUGGAUUUUUGCUCUCAUCGUCAAGUACUAUAAUCUUAUAAUAUUUGAGGAGCAAAAUGGGGUGUGUGUUACGGUUGCUAUACCAGGAGCGAAGAUAAUAGGAGUAAUUGUGGCCACAGUGCAGUACAUCUUGCCUGUAGCGGUGAUGCUCUUUGCUUAUAUUCAAAUCAGUGUAGAGAUGAAGCGGGGAGCAGCCCGUGUCGGCCCGGCACCAGCGCAGCAUCUCCCAGGUGGAGUAAACGCACCGGACAUGGCCGAGUCCCUCCUCCGGGCAAGACGUAACACCUUCAAGAUGCUUCUGAUCGUUUUCAUCACGUUCUUGAUCUGCUGGACACCCAACCAGGUCAUCUUUCUCAUGUUUAAUCUUGGUCUGGACAUAACACUUAAGGAAUGGUUUUAUUAUCUCUCCGUCGCGAUGGUUGCCACAAACUCUUGCGUCAACCCGAUGAUUUACGCUUUCAAUUACCGUCAGUUUCGUAAUGGAUUACGUCAGAUAUUUUGCAGGAAACGGAAUGACGCCAAUGAUAUCAGCGCUAUAACGUCCGGUACUGGGUAA